CUUUUCUUUGUUCAAGAUUUUUAUUCACAGGAUUUUGACACUUGACGAGAUUUUGACAAGAGAUCAAGAUUCUGUAAUUCUACCUACAGCUCAGCACAAGGGGGAGUGUUGAAGGAAUUUGUAAAUUAGUGUGCUGUUGUGUAGAUAGAAUUUACUUUAUAUUGUGUAAUAAGUUGUACUGGCCCGUGGGCCUUCUUUUGUAAAAUCCUACGAAGCUCUUCCUAUAUAAGGGGAGCUAUUAUCAAUAGAGAAUGACACAUCUCCUACAACAAUGAUUCUUAUUUUGAUAUUUUUAUAAAUUCUCAAAGAUCUUAUCUUCUCCUCUCUCUGUCCAUCUAUAGCGCGAUUUUACUCUUUUAUCCUCCAUUUACGGCGUUUUCCUCCUGCGGGGUUUUCGUGAUGCUUCUUGAAGAACAGGGCACGCAGAGAUCGUGCAUCUGUAUGUUGGGGUUUAAUAGAAAUUGAGUUCGACCCUUUAUAGAGAUUGAAGAGAUUGAAAAUGGGUCGUUUUUAUAUUUCAAUUUCAUUUUGUAUUUUUGAAGUAAUUUAGAUUUUGCCCUUUUGGGAAUUGGGUUUCUUCCCGGAGUUAAGUUUAGGGUUCUUCAGAUUUAGGCAAAUUCAUGUAUAUAUUGGGCGUCUGAGAGGAAAAUAAAGUGGCGAAAAUGAGUCUGAGGACGGCGUCGGAUGAUUCGGCGUCGGAAAUCCAUCUUCCGGCGGAUAUAGACUGGGAGAUGCUGGACAAAUCCAAGUUCUUCUUCCUCGGGGCGGCGCUAUUUUCCGGCGUAUCGGCGACGCUGUACCCGGCGGUGGUGUUGAAAACGCGGCAACAGGUGGUGGCGUCCCGGAUCCCCUGCCUGGAGAUGGCGAAUUCGAUGCUGAGAAACGAAGGGCUCCGGGGGUUUUACAGAGGGUUCGGGACUUCCCUCACGGGAACCAUCCCGGCGCGUGCACUGUACAUGGGCGCGUUGGAGAUGACAAAGAGCAAUGUGGGGACCGCCACUGUUCGGCUGGGAUUCUCUGACGCCGCCGCCGCUGCCAUCGCCAAUGCUGCCGCCGGUCUGAGCGCCGCCAUGGCGGCUCAGCUUGUGUGGACUCCCAUAGAUGUGGUGAGCCAGAGGCUAAUGGUUCAAGGGUUUUUAACCCAAGGUGGUGGAGGUGGGCUGAAGAGCUACAAUGGCGGAAUAGAUGCGUUCAGGAAGAUACUCUGCACCAAUGGAGUGACCGGACUGUACAGGGGAUUCGGGAUCUCCAUCCUGACCUACGCCCCAUCCAACGCCGUGUGGUGGGCCUCCUACUCCGUGUGCCACCGCGGGAUCUGGCGGCUGAUCGGCUGCCGCGGCUGCAGGAGGGAGGAUUCCGGCGGUGGGUACAGGGCGGACGGGCAGGCGGUGGUGGCGGUGCAGGCGGCGAGCGCCACCCUGGCGAGCGGCGUGUCGGCCCUGGCGACGAUGCCGCUGGACACGAUCAAGACGAGGCUGCAGGUGCUGGAAGGGGAGGAGGCGGCGGCCGAGAGGCGGAGGAGGCGGCCGGCGGUGGCGGAGACGGUGAGGGAGUUGGUGAGGGAAGGCGGUUUCCGGGCGUGUUACCGGGGGCUGGGCCCGAGGUGGGCCUGCAUGUCGAUGUCGGCCACCACCAUGAUCACCACCUAUGAGUUCCUCAAGAGGCUGUCUACCAAGAAUCAAGAAACACCAGUGUUCUAUUGAGUAGAGUAGGGGUGGGGGUGGGGGUGGGGGGCCAGCAGCAACAACAAAUAAAAGGAUCAUGCUACACUUACACCAAAAAAUAUACCCCAUUUGUACACCACAGGUUUGCACAAACAUUUCGAUGGUUUACACCGACACAAGUGUUGGUGCGUUAAUAAAAAUUCACACGGACACAAAUGUUGGUGCAUUUAACAAAAAUUAGUUUUACACAAAGUGUUGGUGCAAAACUGCAGGGUACAAAUUGGAGUACAACCCUUGUGGUACACAUAGCAUAAUCCCAAAUAAAAUCUUAAAGAAAGUAGGAUUGUCAAA